AUGGCGAGUCGCUUGGCCUUUCAGACCCAGCUGGCGUCCAUCAUGGAGGUGCUGGCGAACGCUGCUGUGGCCGAGAUCUGCAAACUGGUGGACGACGACUACGCGGUGGUGAGUCUGCAGAUGUCCCAGUGCCAGAAGGAGAACAAGGCCCUGAAGAGGAAGCUACACCUCCUGGAGCUGAAGAUGGCCCGGGGCACGGCGGAGAGGAGGCUCCGGGAGAGUGCCUUCAACAGCAGCCGCAUGAGAGUGCAGCUCAGCGGGGGGACCAGCGACAGGCUCCGGGAGAUCACCUCGCCGGCUGCAGAUGGAGCCUUUGAGCAGCAGCAGUCUCUGUGGCCGCAACGAGCUCUCACCUCCGGCGCCGCGGAGGAGCCCCAAUGUCCUCCGAGCAAAUCCCCGGAUGUGGAGUUUGUGGAUCCGGUUGUUGUAAAGGAGGAAACGAAAUGUGAGACGAAACAAGAAGACGACGUCCAUCUGAUUGAAGACAACGACAUCAUGCAGCCGGCCCCCUGCGCCGCAGAUGGACCCAGAAUCAGCCAAGUCCAGAGCUGCGCCAAGACCCAGAGCCCGCCCAGACCCCUGCGACGAAAGAGCGCCACCAACAGGAGAGUGGAGGUCAGUGACUCCUCUCCUUCUGAAUCUAACAGUGACUUACCGUUCGACUUAAUGUGCAACAACAAAAGCCCUAUGGCGAUAGUAGAAGAUCUUUUAAGCAAGGCUAUGGACGUGGAAAAGCCGACGUGCUCCUACUCGGUGUCCCCAAACGAUUUUUCACCAACGUCCUCCAACCCAAACGGACCGUCGCCCUACAUCCUCGAGUAUCCCAUUGUCACAGACUUUCCGGAGGGGGGGAAACCGUGGAUGCAGCCGCCGCCGAAGAAGAGGCUGUUUGUGUGCAGCUUCUGUGGCAAGGGGUUCAACCGGCCCAAGAAGGUCGAGAUCCACCAGCGCAUCCACACGGGAGAGCGCCCGUUCAGCUGCGUCACCUGCGGCAAGAGCUUCUCGGAGGCGGGCAACCUCAAGAAGCACCAGCGCAUCCACACGGGCGAGAAGCCGUACAGCUGCGACCUCUGCGGCGCCUCGUUCGCCUGGGUGCGGAACGUCAAGAACCACAAACUCAAGUGCCACCCGGAGGCCUGCCAGGACGAGAUGGACUCCUAG